AUGGACCCUUUCAAUGAAGCAUUGGUGGCCAUCAGUGUGAGCACAGAACUUAUCGAAGAGGAGCUGCAACCCCAUUUGGACACACUGCUGACUGCUCUAGAGGAAGGACAGGAAGGGGCUGCCAGGCAGAUAGCAGACAGUUGGAUUUUACCUUCACUGGCUCACAUACUGAGAAGGAACACCCUACAAUUGAAGGCCCUCAUGAUCGUGUACGAGCUGGCUGGAGAAGCCACAGCUAGGGGGCGCUGUAUGGAAGCAGGCCUGGGCAUCGCUCUGCUCUCCCUGCUGAGUAGCACAGACCAGGACCUGCUGUUGCACACGUGCCGUGCCAUCAGCAGGAUCUGCUACGAUAACAACCUGCUGCAAGACCAGCUGGUUCGCAAUGGGGCCAUAGCUCCGCUGGCGGCCAUCUUGAAGAAGUACCCCAGGAACAAGGCCCUGAUGAGCGCAUGCCUGCUCGCCCUUUGCAGUCUGGCGGACAUGGGCGAGGAAGAGAGCUCGAGGCUGACCUGGGAGGAGCUGGGGCACGUCAGUGAGGGGGAGGUGGCCUACCGGGGCACCCACAGGCACUCCUUGGGGUUCUCGUCCAAGGUGACCGUGGUGAGGCUCAACCAGCGGUCGGGCAACCAGCACACGGUCACGGUCGAGGUGGUGCACCGCUGCUCCAGAGCUUUGUGGGGAGCUCAUAUCGCACGGCAGACCGCCAGGCAGUUCCGGCCCACCCCGUUUCAGGUCUGCCACCGGUUUUGCCAGAUCAUAAAGAACAGGGUCCGGAACCUUCCAAAAACUCGAAGCUUGAAGGCCAGACUGUUCCACACUUUCUUGUGA